AGGAGGAGGACCAGGAAUACACUCAUGUACCUCGAGCUCUAGAAAAAACACCUCCAACUCCUUCAAUGUUGAAACUCCACAAUUAAACCGGAUUGUGUUGACAAAAGCCGACAAAAGGCGCUUUCGUAAUUUUUUCGCGCACCAACCCCGUAGAAAGCAAUAACGGAAUACAAGGGGACAGACCGAUUCAGUCAAUACUUCAAUACUGUUAUGAAGCGAGAAUGAGUAGCGCAGAAGACAGCGGGAGCAAGUGCUCGUCGGGCCCGAUUUCCAGCUUUACUAUCCAGUCUAUUUUAGGCACGCCAUCCGAUGAGCCGCGCUCCGGGACCAAGGAGCUCUCCAAGGGGCCGCCGCCAGCGCCGCGGAGGCGCUCACUGUCGGUGUCGUCCGAGGAGGAGUGCAGCGGCGGGGAGGACUCAGCAGACUGCUUCUGCUCCGACACGGGUCACAGCGAGCCGUGCACCCAGCACCAACCCCAUAACUUUUCCUGUUUAGGUCCCGCUAAAGGACUUCUGUCUGGAAAUGACGGGCUCGCACGGCGGCCGCACCUGUCACAGCCUCUGCUGCAGGAUUAUAAGGAGGAGCAGGAGAGACCGUGCCAUCAAAUGUCACCUCUGUCGGAGGAGAGACAAACAGACGGUGCGGACAAGCAGGGCAGCUCGGCCAAAAAGAAAACGCGCACGGUUUUCUCCCGGAGUCAGGUGUACCAGCUGGAGUCCACCUUCGACAUGAAGAGGUACCUGAGCAGCUCGGAGCGGGCCUGCUUAGCCUCCAGCUUACAGCUGACGGAGACUCAAGUCAAGACGUGGUUUCAGAACAGGAGGAACAAAUGGAAACGACAGCUCUCUGCUGAACUGGAGGCGGCCAACAUGGCCCACGCCUCCGCACAGACACUAGUGGGGAUGCCGCUGGUUUUCAGAGAUAACUCCUUACUGCGUGUUCCCGUCCCUAGGUCUAUCGCCUUUCCGACGCCCCUGUACUACCCGGGAAGCAACCUGCCAGCGUUACCUUUAUACAACUUGUAUAACAAAAUCGAGUACUGAUUGACUCUGCUGUACGUUCACUGCAGUCCACGAAAAAAAAGCAUUACAAAACAAUACGACAUUCUAGGUGUCUCAUAAGCCUUGUAUAUCAAUUGUAUCACUUUUUUUGUUGAGAAAACUCUUAUUAUGCAGUUAUUGUAUGUCUCGAAAGAAAGCAAUCAAGCUUCCCUAUAUGUAUAAAAUACACCAUGUGUAUAAUUAUUAUAACGAUUUUGUAUUUUUAUUUUAACUUGCUUCUUCUUUAAGUGAUAAAAUACUGGAUUUAAUCCUUCAUAUCACAUUUGAAAAAUACGUUAAAAAAGGCCGACUUUUACACUGUUUUUUAUUCCGAAUUGGUUUGUCAAAGAUAUUUUAAGUUUCACUCCACCUGACGCAAAACUGACAGGAAACACUCAAUUCUUCCAUUUAAGGAAAAAUAUCAUUGUUUCUAUUGUAAUCUAGACCUUCAAUAAUAACCUUC